UAUUUUCUGACAUUAAGAUAAAACUAAACUUAUAGGCCCUACAUGUACAGAAAGAUUAAAAAGUCGACAGGCUCAUUGUGUUUCAUAUUAUUUGAUAGGCUUAGGUCAACAAGUUUACUGUGUUUAAGCUUGUUAUUUCUUUUAAAUGUGUGCCACUAUGAAGUGGGUACAAUGUUAUUGCUUCGUAGGCCAAAGUUUUAGAUCUACAAAUUACCCUACUGCGACAUACUAUUCGCCACGUUCUAUGCUAUUAACCUAUCUAUCCCUCUUCUGUGGGUCCACUUAUAGUCGCCACCUUCUCUCCCACGCUCUCUCUCACUCUCUCUCUCUCUCUCUCUGUUUUUCAUUUGUGUGAACUGACAGCUGAGAGCAUUAGUUAUUGCAAAUCGCUUUAGGGAUUUAGUAAAACUAAAAAUCAGCUUAAUCAACUCAAAACGCAAUAUGGGGGAAGGGGCGUUAAUGGGAUUACCUGCUUUGUUGACCUACUUUGAAUCACAGGAUACUAAUUAUUGAUAAAUGGAUGAAUCUAACUAACCGCAAGUGUCCAGUUUGUAAUGUCGCAGUCUCAGUCCACGGAAGCCUCCCCGCCUUCACAUCAGGUGUUCUCUGUGCACUUUACCGAUGUGUUCCUCUUGAAGGGCUGGCAGAUCAAUUCAACAAAAGAUGUAGCAGUUGUUCUAUUGAUUGUUUGUUUCUUGGCUGUAAUCUAUGAAGUCAUCCAAUGUACGCUGAGUCUUGAGGAGUUCAGCAAUGCAAUUACAAGUAAAAAUACCAGCGCAGCUCUUCGGAGUCUCGCGCAGAGGUCAGUGCUACAUAUUGCUCGUGUGGUCCUUGGUUACAUCCUAAUGCUAAGUGUCAUGACCUUCAACGUCUGGAUGCUGAUGACCCUUGUUCUCGCUGCUGGGUUGGGAUUUUUAAUAGCUCAACCUAUUUUGAACACAUUGUAUUCAAAAAGUUUGAGAAGGAGAAGGGGUAAAUUGACAGCCAACAAAGCCACACCUCCUAAGCCAAUAGAUUCAGACUUGUGUGAUGCCAAGCUUAUUUUACUACCCAGCACGAAUGGCAGAGAAUGUGAGGAGGAAACCAGCCUCAGUGACAAUGUAAAAAGCGCUUCUUUCAAUAAACCUUUGUUAGAACAUGUGACUAAUGGUCAUCACAGACUAGGAGAAACAGUGCUAUAGGAAUGUGCAAUAUGUGCAUGAUGGAUCAUAGCAGAAUGGGAGACCUGUGCAGUAGCGUAGCAUUGUACUUUCCAAAGUAAUAAACAACUAUCUUUCCAAUUGCCCUUGUAGACCCCCAUGGCACCUGGUGCAAUGAACCCUUUGGCACCAUAGUUGCUACGCCACCGGAUCUGUUAGCCAUGGCUUAUAAGUGUUCGCCGAACUCUAUAGCUCCUUGUAUCCUCUCUGAUCAUAGUUCUGUGUGUCCAGCUUUGGCCUACAUCCAAUAAGAGAGGGGUAGAGAGAAAGUACAGUCUCAGAAAAUGUAUUACAUUUUUAAAAUGAUUCUUCUUACAAGCCUGAAUUUUUUUUAAAAAAAUCAGCGAAUUAAUAAAAGAAAUGAACAAAAUAACACGGAGAAUACAUUUUGAAAUAGAUUUACUAUUUUUAAUUUAAUCUUUAAAACUUUUGUUUAAACGCAGCUUACUCUUUAUGUUAAAGGUAAAUUAUUCAGUUGUUAUUUAGUUUACAGUAUGUCUUGUAAAAUACAAACAUUUUGAAUUAUAUAUGGCUUAUUAAUGUUUAAAAAUGAAAAAGACUACAUCAUUUGUUUUAUGAAUUGUAUGACCUAAUUGCAUAUAGGCUUACAUGUUAUGUCAUUAUUUGAUAAUUCACGAUUUCUCAAAGAACCUAAUAGACCAAACAGCUAGAGAAUAAUGUGAAUAUCUACGAUUUUUUUUAAUGUGUGAUGUCAUAAACAAAUGUAAACAGUGAUUAAUUAAAAGGAAAUAUUUUUAUCUACUGAAA